CCCCGACUGCGACUAGCCCGUCCCUCCCGCCCCAGCCUCCCGCCACCUUCCAAUGGCCAAGGGGCAGGGCAAGCUGAGCAAGCCGCGGCAGCCCAGCUGGGUCCCCGCCCUGUUCCCGGUUCCCGAGCCGGGCCCCUGCGACCUUUAAAUGCCGCCCAGGGCCAGCGCGACGCGGCCUUCGCCACCCUUCUUCCUCGGGCGGCGACAGCAGCACCCCGAGGAAGAAAGCAGCCCCGACCGCGCAGCGGCGGUCCGGCAGCAGCGGCCACCUCCGACCUCCCGGCCGGAGCCGCCUCCCGCUCCCCUCCCCCUCCUCCCCGGCCCAGCCUGCCUGGUCGGCGCCUGGCCCCAGGCGUGCGCGCACGCGUGCCCGCCUGUGUGCGCGCGCCCGAGCCAGCCUCGGACCCGCGCCCCCGCCCGGCGCAGGACCGCCCCGGGAUCCCCGCCCGCGCGCCGCGUCCCACGUCCCCCGCCGCCGCCGGGCCGCCAGCCCUGCACCCCGGCGCGCAGUGCAAGAAGAUGGCGGGAUCCGUGGCCGACAGCGAUGCCGCGGUGAAACUAGAUGAUGGGCAUUUAAACAACUCUUUGGGCUCUCCAGUUCAAGCCGACGUGUACUUCCCACGACUGAUAGUUCCAUUUUGUGGGCACAUUAAAGGUGGCAUGAGACCAGGCAAGAAGGUGUUGGUGAUGGGCAUCGUAGACCUCAACCCAGAGAGCUUUGCCAUCAGCUUGACCUGUGGUGACUCUGAAGACCCUCCCGCCGAUGUGGCAAUUGAACUCAAAGCUGUAUUCACAGACCGGCAGCUACUCAGAAAUUCUUGUAUAUCUGGGGAAAGAGGUGAAGAACAGUCAGCAAUCCCUUACUUUCCAUUCAUCCCAGACCAGCCAUUCAGGGUGGAAAUUCUUUGUGAGCACCCACGUUUCAGAGUGUUUGUGGACGGACACCAACUUUUUGAUUUUUACCACCGCAUUCAAACGUUAUCUGCAAUCGACACCAUAAAGAUAAACGGGGACCUCCAGAUCACUAAGCUUGGCUGACACUGUUGAAACCACCUCCGUUUCAAAUAGGAUCAGGUGCCACGACUAUCUGACUGUCGGUCUGGAAGAAGUGUCCUAGCAAGAUCUGGAGACUUAAAAAGAAAACAAAAACAAAAAAGCAAGCUUCCCUGUCUCUUCUUUCCGUGCAGUUUAGACCCAAAAUGACAACUUCAGACUGUGGUUUGCCCUUAGGAAGCCGUCAGAACAAAGACACCGAGCCAUUAUUUCCAGAACCAAGUAAUACAUUUAUGCUGGAUUUUAUUCAGACUAAACGGACAUGGAUUUGUGAUAAUUUGUGAUUUGGUAGCAAGUUAUUCAUCUUUUCAAAACAAGGUGAUACUUAGAAACAAAAGUGCUAAAGACCUAAAACAACACCACCACCAACAAAGACGGUACACCGAAAUCAACUCAUUUCUGCACUGAAGUGGGAUCGUGUAGCACAACCAACAUUUUAGUCAGGGUAUUUACAUAGAAUGUAGGUUGUUCGAGGUUUGGUUGGUUUUUUUUUUUGGUUUUUUUCUUCUUUUUUUUUUUGUUUGUUUGUUUUUGCACAACAUAAUUGUUAAUUCAGAUUUUGAAAGCUUUCUCGGAGUUAUUUAUUUAUACUCAGUGUAUGUAUUAGGGAAUGAUUAAUGUCUCAAAAACAAGUUAUGAACUUUUGAAUGUACAAAUAUCUUAGGUCCAAAGGGGAAAACUACAUAUUACAAUCAUGAAAGAAUUGUAUCUUCCAUACCCCUAAACUUAGGAUCUCUUGAUAUAAAUUGCUGUAAGUGCUUUUGGGAAAACUUGGCAACAUUUCGAUAAAACUGCUUUUCAAGUAAUCGACGAUUACAUGAAUUCUACUUACAUGACUUUUUCUCCUUACUGUGAAUUAGCACAGUAUUGGCUUCCUUAAGACUAAUUAACUACUUUUUCCCAGGUCUUUAUAACAGCUCAUUAAGUUGUUAUUAAACUGAUUGAAAACAUAUAACAGAUGAUUGCAUAGACAAUUUUGAAAAUAACUGUUAUAUAAACUUUUAAAAGUAUACUAUGAAAAUGAUUCUGGAAUGCAAUGUAAAGCAGAAGCAAGUGGCCCCAAAUAACUUACUUGGAAGUAAUUUAUAUCGACUUAAGCUGUUAGCUCAUUGUAUUACUUUUAUCACGUGACCCUCGCCAAUGUCCCUAAGCAAUGCCUUUGGAGCUUCAGAGGAGAGGAUGCUUCCCGCUGUGUUGGCUGUGCUGAGACAUUAGGAUAAGAGGGGAUCCGGAUUAGGAAAUGAUCCAGUUAGUUUAUCUGGAAGGUUAACUCCCAGAACUCCAGGUCUCUUGAGCCCAGCCAAUAGUAUGAAUGCUUCCACUUAAGCUGGAAGAGUUUCCGUGCACUUGUGGAACUGAUCCAUCCGACAGCAGAGCGUCAUCAGGAGGAGCCUGCAGUACUGUAAAUGUCACCACGCGGCAAGGGAUGGUCGGAGUCCUGGGCACUGGACGUCACAAAGUGCAUUGGCCCUGGAGAGAAGGACCCCUGGCAUUGCUUUGGUCAGGUAGUGGGGAGGACUGAGGGAUGCUGGGGUGGGGGUGUAUUUAUAUAUAAUUUAGGUUUUGUUUGUACAGCAUACUGCAUCAUGUUAUGACACGUCCUUGCCCUGCUUUGCUUUGGAGUUUUUUUUACACAACAUGCAGAGACACGGAAGUGGCCACGUCAUUUUCACGUGUCGAGAAUGUAGACAGUGUUUCAGUACCAAAGUCUUAAGAAAAAGCAACCUAAAAUUGUGAAUUUUUUAUAGGUGAUGUAUUUGGGUUCUUCUCAACUUUGAAACCGUUUAGCACAGUUCCACUGUGUUAUAGAAGAAGAUACUUUAUCCAACGAGACUGGCUGAGCAUUGAAAAGCUUUAUGUACCAGCUGACUUAAUCAGCCAUAUUCAGCCAAGAGGGCUGUUCUGUGGCUCCAGGUAUUUUCAAGCCUGUGAUUAACUUCUCGUGGCUUCUCAAGCCACUAGAUUUUGAGGAGUGUUUGUACAGGCAUUUAGAGGGCACCCUGAACUAUAUUUGUAGGGGUUUUGGUGGAAGACCCCCACGGGAGGUUUCCUUUGAGUGACUGUCCAUCCCCACGCACUGCAUAAUUCAGCAGAAACCAGAGGAGCUGGGUGUGUUGAUUGGAAAUGACACUGUUCUCUCUACCUAUCGGCUAACUGCUUAUCGGCCAAGCCCUUACGCAGCUUAGUGUGAAGAUACACUGUUAACCCUUCCUUUCUCUGGGAGGCCAGUGGGAACCUCUUGGUUAAGCCUGUUGGAAUUAAUCUCAAUGAUGUGAUGGUUUGAUUCAGGUAUAACGAAAUUAGCAGGGGGGCUGUGUUAAUCAUUAGCUGGAAACUGGAAACCGUGUUCUUGCCUCUCGUUGGCAUGUGAGGUAUAAGGUGGGAAUUCAGGGUGGAAAGUGCAAUUUAAAGCUUCACAGGAGAGCAUUUGGGUGUGUAAGGAGUUAUUUCUGACCAGAGCCUAAUUUUGCAAUAUGACCAAAACCAAGGAAUAUAAAUAACAGUCAGGCUCUGGGGGAACGAAAGGCAGGCUUUAGACAAUCUGUCCAUUUCUGCAUCAAAAUUGAAUUGAAUGUGUAUAUCUACUUAAAAAUUAAUAGAAGUGACUUCUGCUUUUUGGGCUGUCCCAGAAUUGUCUGAAAAAUACUAUUUUUUUAAAAUUUGAAACCCCGUUUCGAAUCUUGCCAACCUCAGUUCAAAACCCCUAAGAGAUCACUCUUGGAAUUGAUGGUGACUUGUUAAAAUGGCAAAUCCUUUCAUUUGUACUAAAAAAUAUAUAUAUCCAAAAAGAGGGAGGGAGCCCUGUGGCCUUGAGAGAAACAGCCUUGGCAUUUUCCGGCAUUAAUGUAGAAAUAAUGUUCUUAUGAUCACAUAUUUUCAAGGAAACACUUUCUUAUUUACUGCGUGGUGUAAAAUGUUGCUAAAUGUGUUCUUACAUUAUUAUGUCACUGCUGAAAGUUAUUUGCACUAUAAUAAAGGAAUUUUCUACAAA